AUGAUAAACUCUACUCAGGUUUCAUACUUCAUACUUGCUGCCUACUUUGACACUGGACUUUAUAAAUACAUUUAUUUUAUGGUUAUAAUGUCUUUAUAUAUGUUAAUUGUUGGUGCCAAUCUUCUGCUCAUUGUGGUUAUCUGUAUGAACAGAAGCUUACAUGAACCUAUGUACCUUUUUCUGUGCAGCCUGUUUGUAAAUGAGCUGUAUGGUAGUACAGGGUUGUUUCCAUCCCUUCUGGUUCAGAUUCUCUCUGACAUUCACACUGUUUCUGCUCCCUUUUGUUUCCUGCUGAAUUUCUGUUUGAACUUUUAUGCAGGUGUAGGAUUUACUAACUUAGCUGUCAUGUCUUUUGACAGAUAUCUUGCAAUCUGUUGUCCUCUACAGUAUAAUAUCCAAAUGACAUCUUACAAAAUUGCCAUGCUUAUUGCUCUAACUUGGCUUUACGCUCUACUAGUGUGUCUUAUAAUGAUAUCCUUGACUAACUCCUUAAAGUUGUGUGGGAACAUUAUUGAAAAAGUGUACUGUGACAACUACUCCAUCGUCAAACUGGCAUGUUCUGACACCACGAUCAAUAACAUCUAUGGGCUCUUUAUGAUUUCAUUCACAAUCUUAUGUCCUGUUUGUCUAAUCUUUUACACUUACAUUAAGAUUCUUAAAGUUUGUUUUUCUGGUUCUAAACAGACCAGACAAAAAGCUGUCAGUACCUGCACUCCUCACCUUGCUUCUCUGCUCAACUUUUCUUUUGGGGCCUUCUUUGAAAUAGUGCAGAGCAGGUUUAAUAUGAACCAUGUACCCAUUGUUUUGAGAUUUUUUUUAUCAUUAUAUUUUCUUACAUGCCAGCCGCUUCUCAACCCUUUACUGUAUGGUCUAAACAUGUCCAAAAUCCGCAAUAUAUGUAAGAGUCUUGUCUUUGCUAAAAUGUAG